CGUGAAUUGUAGAGAUCGAAUUCAAUCRAGUCGUAGUAUUCURUUUGCUACGRUUGUCUCGAAUCUACUGCUGUAAUUAGAAAUAAGCGUUCUCGACUCAACGAGUGCUCGAUUGCUUGCACGGAAAAGAUUGAUCGUUUGCUCGAUACAGUGUUUGGUGAUAUUUUGGGUUUUCUUGUGGAAGGAUGAGGACAGCAACGACGUCUCUCGCGGCGAGGGUGGUCCGAGGAACCACCCUCUGCCUCCUCCUCGCCUCSUCCCCGUGGACCCUGGCGGCAAAGGCGAAGGCACCGGCCCGGAAAUCGCUCUGCGCCAACGCCGCGGGAAUCUUUGUCGGCCUCGCCACCGACGAGGAYGCCUACGUUAGCGUGGCGGGAGAGGCCACGGAGGGCGACCYGGACGGGGGGGGCGAGGGCUAUCCCUCCCAGAAGUGGGAGCUCACGGCCGACUCGCCCGCGGGCCGCGGGGAGGCACCGGCGGGUCCCCAGCACUCGUACGACCGGCGCUUCCUGCAGGUCCUGCCCGACGUGGGCCGGAGCUACCCGGGGAGGGGCCGCCACCUGCAGAAGGCCUCCCAGCUGCUCGAGCCCGACUCGGCCACCACCAAUUCGGCCGCCGAGAGCAACAGCCCCUUCGUUUCCUUCCUGCUCGAGGUCGAGAAGGGAAGGGAGGGCAUCCACACCCUGUUUCUGCGGUGGACCGGUGGGGACACGGUCGGGGGGGGAGAUUCCCUCUACGUGGUCCUCUACAAGCGAUCGAAGAAACGCAGCACCAGCAGCACCARCAGAAACGMGAACAUCGAGCUCGUCCACGGCCAGCAGACCGUCAAGCCGUCCGUGGUGCCGAUCGAUGCCGGCAUGAGCAAGUACGCGGGGUGCUGCUACGACCCGGUCACGCACGCCUGCCCCUGCUACGCUACGAAACCGGAGAGCAACUCCACCUGCCCCGACAACUACUUCAUCGACCGCUCCCGGGCCGCCAACUUUGGGGUCCAGUGCCUGGUCGGGGGGGGCGCCUACACCAUCAUCCCGAGUCCCGAGUGGUAUUUGUACGCCGGCCAGGAGCAGGGCGACGUGAUGGACUUUGAUUCCGAGCCCUGGGACGUGACCUGCGAGGCGGACGGAUCCAACACGCUCGACAGCGGCCACGACUUUCCCUCGUGGAACCUCGAGAAGGGAUCCUACGAGCUGCGGAUCUACGCCCGGGAGGACGGGACGGCCCUGGACGGGAUCUAUGUCGCCGGACCCGGGGGCAGGGCCCCGGCCGUCGCCAAGCGGUACGCGAGGGGGGAUUCGACGCUGUGUCCCGAGCGGAGCGCGAAACAGGCCGUGGCCUCMUGGGCGUUGGCCUCCUCCGGGGUGCUGCUGCUGCUGGGGCUUGUGGCGGCCUGGGYKUCCUCCUCUCCCGGCGGGAGGGAGGCCCUGGGAGCGGUCCUCCGAAAGCCCGCACAGGCGGUCCGGUACGUGUACGUCGAGUCGGCGUGAGGCGGSCAGAGCGGCAACGAGGCAGAAGCCCGCGCAGAAAGCAAGCCUUUGUUGUCCCGUGAGUUGGAGAUGCGGCGAGAACGCGAAGGUGCAGUGCAGGUGCACGUCUACAUCGWACCAUAAUUUUCAAC